AUAUUUAUUUCAACGGAAUGGAUAACAAAAAUACAAGGGUAACAGACUACAAUACUGACGGUUUGUUGGCCGGGAGCUCCGAUGACAAAGCACCCGACAGUUCGGAAAAUGGAAUUAGAAAACCAAAAGUUGUCAAAGGAAAGAAAAGGAAAUUGAAAAGUGCCAAAGAUGCGGGCGCUCCGAAGCAACCUUUGACAGGUUAUAUCCGUUUCAUGAACGAACGAAGAGAAUCACUAAAAGCAGAAAAACCGACUCUAGGAUUUGUUGAACUAACUAGAUUAUUAGCCGAAGAAUGGGGCUCUUUGGAAGCUGCCAAGAAGAAGCAGUACUUAGACGCAGCUGAACAAGAUCGGGAAAGGUAUUUGCGAGAAGUUGAUGAAUAUAAACAAAAUGCUGCUAAAACCGUACCUGCUGAGACACCUCAACAGAAUUCUAAACAGGCAAAUAACAAUCCCCCAGCUCAGAAGUCUCUCAAACAAGAAGAUGUGCCGACAGAACUAGACAUACCUAUAUUCACCGAAGAAUUUUUAGAACAUAACAAAAUCAGAGAAACAGAACUACGUCAAUUACGAAAGUCCAACACAGACUACGAACAGCAAAAUGCAAUUUUGCAAAAGCAUAUCGAAAAUAUGAGAAUGGCCAUUGAUAAAUUGGAGGCUGAAACGGAAGGUCACAAAUCUAGUAACGUAAUUCUUGGGAAUCAUUUGGAGAAAUUGCGGACGGGGUUGGUUGAUGGAUUUAAAGACUUUGCGAUAACAGGUUUCGAUGGUGCUACUUUACAAAACAUUGAUGAGUACAUGAUACAACUGCAAACGGUGCUCCAAACAAGCGGUCAAAACGCUCUAAAAACAAAAGCUCGUGAUAUUUUAAACCAAUUAGACGUACCUACAUCAUAAUAAUAAUAAUAAUAAUAAAAAAACACACUAUUUUGUAUUUAUAUUUAAAUUUUAAUU